ACCUAACAUUUUUGCAAACCCUCAGUCAGUAACACAAUGUUUACUCUCAAUCUCAAAGAUAUGCCAACCACAGCAUCAACAUUGUUCUCAGCCUAUGCCUCCUUUGCUGCAUCAAUGAUGUUGCUCCGUUCUAUUACAGACCAACUCAUCCCCCGCCAGUUGCGCUCGUACAUAUACUCAUUCUUCAGUCACUUUUUUACCUCUCCCUCCUCGAACCUUACUUUGAUCGUUGAAGAGUACUGUGGCAUGACGCGAAACCAAGUCUAUGAUGCUGCAGAGGUGUACCUCACAACAAAGAUCAGUCCUUUCACUGAACGCCUCAAGAUCAGCAAAACACCAAGGAAGAAGAGCAUCAGCAUUGCCAUGGACAAAGGCGAAGAAAUCACCGACACAUUUGACAAUGACAUCAAAUUGAAAUGGCGCUUCGCUGAGCCUGAGAAGGACGAUUUCCGCUCUGGUAAUGACAACAAGUGUCGGUUUGAGCUAGUGUUUGACAAGAAACACAAGGACAAAGUGAUGGACACUUACUUGCCCUACGUUUUUGCUCAAGCUAAAGCCAUUCAAGAAGGGGAAAAAGUUGUUAGGCUUUACACCCGGGGUUCGAGUCUGGGUGAUGAUGAGGAGGGCAAAAGGAAUUUAAGCGGUUGGGGUUCCGUGAGGAUGGAGCAUCCAUCUAACUUUGGAACAAUGGCAAUGGAUUCACAGCUUAAGAGAAUGAUUAUUGAUGAUUUGGAUAGGUUUGUGAGGAGGAGGGAGUUUUACAAAAGGGUCGGGAAGGCUUGGAAGCGAGGGUAUUUGCUGUAUGGUCCACCUGGUACAGGAAAAUCGAGCUUGAUUGCAGCCAUGGCCAACUAUCUCCAGUUUGAUGUCUAUGACUUGGAGCUUUCUAGCAUUCAGAGUAAUUCUCAUUUGAGGACGGUAUUGCUUUCUACUUCAAAUCGUUCUAUUCUGGUGAUUGAGGACAUUGAUUGCUGCGCCAAAGUACAUACCAGGGGACAAGAACCGGAUCCACGGAGGUAUCAAGCUCAUAACGACAGGUUGACACUAUCAGGCCUACUGAACUUCAUAGAUGGCCUCUGGUCAAGCUGCGGGGACGAGAGAAUUAUAGUGUUCACCACCAACCACAAGGAUCGGCUAGACCCUGCACUGCUGCGUCCGGGGCGAAUGGAUGUGCACAUUCAUAUGUCAUACUGCACCCCGAGCGGGUUCAGAGUCCUAGCCUCUAACUACCUUGGUAUUCAUGAAAGCAACCCACAUCACCUGUCUGGAGAAAUUGAAGGGUUGAUAGGUAGCACUGAUGUCACCCCUGCAGAGGUUGCUGAGGAGCUCAUGAAGAGUGAUGAUGCUGAUGUUACUCUAAAAGGGCUUGUCAAUUUUCUCAAGAAAAAGAAGGUCGAGAAUGAGAAAAUGAAGGAAGGGGCUGACAGAACUGAAGAUCAAGAACCAGAGAAUGAACCAUUUCCAGAUGACUAUUUACAUGAUGAUGAAGAAGGCUAUAGCUUAUUCGAUUGA